AUGGUUCCAGUAAAGACGUCGCCGCAAAGUUCGCCGGCGGCUUCUGGUCCUCGUGCACGCGCACAGGACGGCCCUGUCGAUUCCUCGUCUGAGAUCCCUCAGCCGCAGGUGUCACCGGCUCUGUCCACCGCGUCCACCGCCGACGGCGACGAAGACAUCGAGUCGUCUCCCGCGCUCCCGCCGCUUCCCGCCCCAGUCCUCCCUGGACGGGUCGCCGAGUUACUGCGGACGCCGCCUCCCGAGGCGGGCGAAUUUGGCACUGCCAGCUGGGGCUCCCCGUACCCCCAGACGGACGCCAAUCUCCGCCGACGGAGCUUCAGCAGCGAGCUAUCGGACGACUCGCCGAUCCACCACCUCAACAUCGACACUCCUUUUCUGCGGCAGCAACCUGACGCUGCGCCUUCCGAGCCCGAGUCACAGACCCCCAUCAGCGCCGCGGCUGCUGUCCUUGCGAACAGGGCUCGACGGCGACAGAGGGGCCUGACGGAAGAUUGGAUCCGCACGCACACCACGGGCAUCGUCAACGCUGAACCUAAGCACUGGUUCAGCGACGGGAGCGACUCUGAGCACUCUUCACUGAGCGGCUCGGACCUUGCUUGGUUUGCCGACGGCGACCUUCGCACCCCCAAGCCGAGUCGCAAAGUUAGCGGACAAUCGGCAAAGAGACGUUCACGCCAUCCGCGCUCCAAGUCCAGCCUCGAGACGCUGAGACCCGGACUCUCGAUCAGCCUCAAGCCAGGCGAGAUAAUCGACAUGGACGCGACUCCUGAUCUGGCCACUGCGCCUGCUACGGAGCCCGAGCUCUCUCUGGCUGCCGAUAAGCGCGACAUUUCUCCCACUGUCGAGUCUCCUGAAGAAAAGACGUUUGAAGCCGCGAUGGAGGAGGAAUCACAGCGACCCGCUACUCCUGCCAAGAGCUUGGAGAAGCCCUUGCCCAAAGAGCCGAUGGCGAGCCCACGUCUCAGAAAGAAGGUACCGUGGAAAGGCAAGAACAUUAUGAUUUCCCUGCCUCGUGAUGAUCGGCGUGGGCGUCCUGGGAGCACCCCAAUGCCCCUCCGAGCUGACGAGGUCGAGCGGAUGAUUGACUCUUGGAAGGAACUGGGGUACUCUGUGAACGGCUUUGACCUCAUGGUGGAGGGUUCCCAACCGCAUGGUACCGCCAAUUCGCAAAGCCGACUGGGCUGGCCCGACCCUGAUGAGCUGACCCAAGAGCGGUCUACGAGGACGUACCAAGUUACUUUGCCAGAUCUGAAUGCUUGGGCCAACUACGUCAACGAGCUUCAGGAGGCGAAGCUCCGAGCACUGGGGGUCUCCUUUGGAGAUGAUGAGCUACAGGCACCAUCCAUUUCUCCGCCGACCACGAAUCCAUCGCGACAGCCCUCUGCGCAGUAUCCGCCACUGCCUUUCUCUCCUCCUGUGCCGACGUCGUCGGCUUCCAGCAACCAGGCGAUUCCCGGAUACCCUUUCCCGGGACAAUUCAUCCCGCCUGUUCAGAGCCCUGGACUGCCCACGGGGCCAUCACCCGUCCCUUUUGCGGCGGUACCUGGAAAGUUCAACCCUCGUCAAUCCAUCUCACUGCCAGCCGGCAACUCACCAUUCCAGUUGGCUGCUCAGUCUCCCCAUGGAUGGCAAAGCCAAAGUGGCGUUCUGCAUGGACUCAACCGCCACGACUCGCCUUCGCUGAUUCAUCUCAACGGCAUGCUCUCGCCGCAAUCGCCGAUGCCAUACGGGCUUGAUGGUCUCCAGCAGACAGUGAGCCCGUCUUUCAACGUGCACAAUCGACAUCAGUCUCUGCAGUACUUUCCCCAACAGAUGGGUGCCAGGGCCUCGCCACGGUUGCAGGAGGUUCGCGAGGAGGAUGAGCUUGCUAACAAGAGCCCAUCGAAGACGCCAGAACCCCUGCAGCAGCAGCAGAACCCGGAGAGCCUGCAAGCCGAGAUUGACGACGCCGAAUACCACCUCGAGGAGCAACUUCGGAAUCAGCUUGAGCACGAGGAUUACAACCCACAGAACCAAGCCGAGAGACCUGCCGCCGAUGCGGCGCAAGCUGCGCCUGCUCACUCUCGCGACGGGUCCAGCAACGUCCCAGUUGCUGAGCGGUUUGCACAGGAGCCCAGCAAGCCCCUCGUUCUGCAUCAUCCCCGUCCUCAUAGCCGAGGCCAUUCGUUGUCGCAAAACUUUUUCCGCGAGCAUGAUGAGACUCAAGACGGCACACAGGCUGGUCGCAACCAGCUGAAUGCCCUGAAUGACAUCCCCGAACAGGCAAAGAGCGACGAGGCUUAUGAGAUCGAGACAAACCCUAGCAACCUCGGUACUCCCGUCCAGGACUUUGACUUUGCCGCUGCCCUCGGACACCAUCAGAAGGCUCUGUCCAACGCCAGCAACCCCUGGCAGGACAAUAUGUCGACCACAAGCACCAGACGGUCCAGUCAUGGAAGCAAGCCUUCAUUGUCCGGGCUUAAUGUGCAGGCACCAGAGUUCAAGUUCAACCCCGCCAACACCUUCACGCCCGGCUUGUUCAAUUUCUCGGGCAACAACUUCCAGCCGGCCGUCUUCCAAGCCGGCAACGUCAUGGGUUCUCCGGCCAACUCUGUCUCGCAGCACGGCGGCUCCGGCAGGUUUCACGCGACGGCACCGUCCUUCUCUCCUGGGCAGACUGACUUCAGCUUCUCGACGUCUGGGCCCAAGUUCCGACCCGAUGCGCCGUCGUUCACUCCGUUCCAAUCCAUCUCUGGCUCUGUCACUAGCCCGAUCGGGUCUGGCAGCGAGAACGGGAAGAGGAACUCCAUCUUCGGGAACAUCAGCGUCACUAGCGACAUCAUCAAGCCAACCAAGAAGUCCAAGGCUAUCCCCAUUGUCCGGCCGUCUAGCAGAUCGUCUGCCAAAUCUGGCAAGUUUUCCACUCGAGACGAUGAGAUUCGCGAGGACGAUACUGGUCGUCUAGCGAAUGAUGAAUCGCGAGUCAAGCGAGCCAGGAGCGAGGCGCCGGACGGCAAUGACGUACCUCUUUUCGCAGAGCGGCCAGAUGACCUUGACCGUGAUGAGCACAGUGGUGCGGAGGAGGUCUCCGCUCUCGAAGAGGGCGAUGACGCGCUGCCCGUGGACACAUCUAUCUCAUCGAUGGCGACGGAUCAUAUGGACACGCAGGCUACGACCGCGGCUGCUUCUGAGACGUCGCCGGCGGUAGAGAACGGCAACUGGACUCCUUUCGAAUUCGACUCCAAGUUCGAGGCUCAAAACUUCAGCGAGGCGCAGGCCUUUGGAGAUACCGGCUUGGGCCAGGCGGAGCAUAAGAAGUCCAUGUCUGCUACGGCGGAACCGUUCGUGCCCAGCGGGGUCUGGCCAUCAGACGAGCAAGACGAGCAAGACCAGGACAAGACUGUCGAACCCGAGGUUUCAGACGUCAAAGAUCGCGAGCCCUCGCCUCCGCCUGCAAGACGGACAAUUACCCCGAAGGGACUGGGCGCGUCGCGCUUCGCCUCGCCGCCACCGAAGCCCCAAGGUCUUGCGGGCUCGCGCUUCGCCAAAGAGCCUUCCCCCGAAGAACAGCCCCAGAAGCCCAUGUCUGACCAGGAGAUCAUCAAAUCUGUGGAAGAGCAAGACGAUGCAGGUCCUCUUGAACGACUCAUUGAUAUUGGAGAAGACCGCGAACCAACGUUUGAGGAGAUCGACGCGGUUAUGCAGCAUCUCGAGACUGACCCUUCGAUGGGAGUCAACAAGAACAAGGACACUAUCCCGCAAUGGCAACGAUCAGCCACAGCUGAAACUGAGAUCGACAUUCGAACCCAUGAACUGCAACUCCCGAAGGACCAGUUCACCGGCGAUGGAGCGAGCGCUACGCCUCGUCAAUAUCAUGCUACGCCCGAGGCGCCUCCGAUGCUCAGCACUGAGUUGGAGGAUCCCUUCGUUGAUCCGCCAAUCAGCCCUCGCUCUCCUGAUCUCGACAACGAGUUUGACGAGCCUCAAAUCGAAAGCGAGCUUGCCAGUGACUGGGAAGGUGCUUUCACUGAAGAUGAGCACGACAAGCUUGCUAGCCGGACCCAGUUCUUUGACGGGCGUGUCAAUGAUAUUGUUGGUAACCUACUGGCGGCCAGGCUGGAGCCCUUGGAGAGGUCUCUGUCGGCCAUUCAGCAUGCCGUGGCGCCCAAGUCGCGACGUGCUCCUUCCCCGCGCCGCGAAAUGCGCAGCAUUUCCGUCGAGUUCCAAGAGAGCGACGCUGAUGACGAGGACGACGACCUGCCUGCGCCUCGCCGGUCCGCUAGCCCGCGCCGGGAUCGCAGAAUGGAGUUCAUCAAGGCUGCCGUCAUUGAAGCGUUGGGUUCGCAAGAGCGCCAGCCCCCUGCUGCUCGAGGAGAAACCCCCGCGGAAGAGUCGGUACUCCGCAAGGCGCUCGAGGAAAUGAAGGAACAGAUCGCUGCCAGCUUACAGGCUCGAUCUGAGGAGCAAGAGCGGGCGAACACCCAUGACACUGAGAUUCGAAAGCUUCUCACAGCGAGACCUGACGAGCAGCUGCUGAACAAGGUCGAGAACCUUCAGUCCAGGCUUGCUGAGGCGGAAGAGCGCCUCCAGGACCAGUAUGCCCUCGCUGAAAAACAGGUCACGGAGCGCAGAGCUGCCGAGGAUGCCGCAGCGGAGCUCCACCGCAAGCUCCUGAACGCUGAGACUCGGGUGGAGGUUGAAAUUAUCAACCGAAGCGUGUUCGACCAGCGUGUUGCGGACCUCGAGGAGCGUCUGAGGCAGCAGGAGGACAAGACCGAGGAUGAGGUCAAGAUUCGACGCAGUGCCGAAGAUAGGCUCUCCGAGGUACAACGUCUGCUGAGAAUCUCAUCUGAAGAGGAAACACGCCUCAGAGACGUCGUUGAGGAGCGUGAUCAGAAGAUCAAGGGUCUCGAGCAGACUGGCGGUAAGGCUGCCAUGCGGAUGACCCUCCUCGAGGCUGCGCAGACCAAUUCUUCUCAGUCGCAAACGGAGAUGACCAACAAGAUCAACACACUCGAGGCGGACCUUCGGACCGUGCGCCAGGACAACAACCACUGGCGAGCUGAGGCCGAACGAGCCGACGAAGCUGCCAGGCGCAAGUCUGGCGAACUGGCCUACGUGAUGGAGGAGAACAAACAUAUGCAAAAGACACUCAACACGUUGGCCACGCAACUCGAAGAGAACGAGCGCCUGCGCGAGACGUGGCGCACAAAGUUCCUGUCUCUGCAGGAUGACAUGGGCAAAGCCGCUAGGGACAUUGCCGAGGAGAACGCCCGCCGCAUCAAGAGAGAUCAGACUAUGAUUGCCCGACAAGAAGUGCUUGAUGCGAGAUUGCAGGCCGAAGCAAAGACUCGCGAGCGCCUGGAGGUAGAAAUGGAGCGCCUCCAGAUGAACGAGCGUACGGGGAUGCGUGCCGUCAGCGAAAACAAGCGUCUGGAGGGCUUGUUGGCCGAGCUGCGCACCGAGAACCAUAAGCUUCAGCAGGCUGCGUCCCGUUACCAGCGCGAGUUCGAGGAGGCUCGGGAGUCUGGAGCCAGCGAAGUCAAGCGCACCCGGAUGGCCCUUCAGACCGAGGUCGAUGCUGCCAACCAUCACGUCAACGUUGUCCGAGAAGAGCUCGAGGAGCAGAAUACGAAGCUGCGCACUGAAUUGGACAAUGUCAAGCUCGAGGCCGACACCGCCAAGGCUCAGAGCGAGAUGCUCCUGGAAGAGGCCCAGAGUACCAAGGCCACUGAGCUGGAGCAGCUCAAGCGCAAGCACGAGAACGAAACCGAGGACAUGCAGGCUCGCUACGAGCGACAGGUCAGCAACGCCACCGAGGAUGCCCAGCGAACAGAACAACAGCUCCUUGAGCGCCUUAGCCUGUCGUCGUCCAAGAUUGAGCACCUGCAGGACCGCGUCGUGCACCUCGAGGACAAGCUCGAGAUCGCCAAGGAAGCCGCCGCAGCUGCAGCUCAGGCUGCCAAGUCGGCUGGUGUCGAGCCCGGCCCAGCCGCCGCUGUCAUUGCCUCCCAGCCCAAGGCCGUCGACAGGAAGCUCGAGCCGCCCGAGAAGAUUUCUCCACAGGCCCUCCGCGAGUCCAUCAUGGUUCUCCAAGAGCAGCUCCAAGCCCGCGAACAGAGAAUCGAGGAACUGGAGCAGAUCGUGGCCAAGUCCGAUCCCGAUGCCGCGGUCAAGAUUUCGAAGCGCGAUGACGAGAUCAUCUGGCUGCGUGAGCUUCUUAGCGUGAGGCACGGUGACCUCCAAGAUAUCAUCACUGCGCUGUCCGGGGAUGCCUAUAAUCGUGAGGCGGUCAAGGAUGCUGCCAUCCGGCUCAAGGCCAACCUCCAGAUGGAGGAGCAGGAGCGGGAGAGGGCAAUGAACGGAGGCUCGGCCAUUACCUUGCCCAAUAUUGCUCAGACCAUCCAAGCGGCGACGCCACGAGUUGCUCAAGCCGUCGGCCCGAUUGCUGCGGCUUGGGGUAGCUGGCGCAAGUCGAGCCAGCCCUCAUUCCGAAGCAUCUCUGCCGCUCUCAACUCCCCUGCCGGGAGCAACGCCACGCCCUCUAAGAGCAGAGGCGUAACGAGCCCCCAGAACAGCCUGCUCGGGGGCCUCUUAACCCCACCAGCAUCGGGUCUGCGCCAGACGCCGCCUGUUGACAACCGACCGCAGCCGACCGCCUUUGCCAGCACCGGCCGUCGUUAUACGUCCCAAAGCAGCGCACCGCUUCGUCCGCGGGGCGAGUCGACUGCUUCCCGUCGAUCAGAUGUGAUGCCCUCGGUGCAGAGCACCCCGCCGCGCCAGCACGAGCGAAGAGAUCACCCUCAGACGCCGCCUAUGAUGCGCGAGAGCGGGUAUGAUUCCGACGCCCAGCCGGGCGACUUUGACGAUCAUGACUUUUUCGAAGAGGAUUAA